AACAGUAUAGCUGGGAUCGGCUGGUCCGGCGAGGUCCCGCCCCGCCCGCGACGGCCACCUGCGCCCCGCUCCGGCCUCACCUCCGCGCCCAGCUGCUCGGCCUGGUUCGGGCGCACAGCCCGGGUCGCGCGGGUGGAUCCACGGCCAUCGCUGCGGGAGCCGCGGGCGGCGGAGCGGAGCCGACAGAGCCACCGGCCCCGGGACCAGCCGACCCACCUGGACACCCCGCACCCCGGACCCGCGGGGACACCCCCAUGGCCGUGCGGGGCCCCGAAGCCCCCAGCGGGCGCGCGCUGCGGGACGCGGCAGAAAAUCUAUUUCAGGAACUUCAAGAACAUUUUCAAGCUCUGACUGCAGCAUUAAACCUCAGAAUGGAAGAAAUGGGAGGUCGCAUUGAAGACUUGCAGAAGAAUGUGAACGACUUGAUGGUGCAAGCUGGGAUUGAAAGAUCUGCUCAAGAGCAAAUGGCGAGGCCUUAUUAAGGCACUAAGAUGUUCACCGUUUACAUAUCUUCUGUUUUCAUCUUGAAACAUUUAAUCCCAUAUUUGUUCACUAAGGGAGCUACUGCUUCUGCACUACAUGAAAAACCUUCAGGAAUAAUUUUUAAAAAUUCACAAAUGCUCUUUUUUAAAUAGAACAGAAACACUCUUUGUCAUUGUUCCUUUAAAAGUGCACAUUUUAAAGGAAAAACUAGGGGCUUCCCUGGUGGCGCAGUGGUUGAGAAUCCGCCUGCCAAUGCAGGGGACACGGGUUCGGGCCCUGGUCUGGGAACAUCCCACAUGCCGCGGAGCGGCUAGGCCCGUGCGCCACAACUACUGAGCCUGCGCGUCUGGAGCCUGUGCUCUGCAACGGGAGAGGCCGCGAUAGUGAGAGGCCCGCGCACUGCGAUGAAGAGUGGCCCCCACUUGCCGCGACUGGAGAAAGCCCUCACACAGAAACGAAGACCCAACACAGCCAUAAAUAAAUAAAUUAAUUAAUUAAAUAAAUAAAUAAAUAAUAAAAAAUAAAUAAAUAAAGGAAAAACUAUUAUUUAAAAA